AGCACCAGCAAACCAGUCUUAGUUAUCCAUUUUUGUAGUUCAUUAAAAAAACAUACAUAAUGCUUUUGUUCAAAUCUACCAACACAUAAACUGAUUCAUGCUACUACAUCGGGAAUUCUAGAAAGUUAAAGCCGCUGUUUAACACGUUAUGCAUAUUUGGGCAGACUGAACAAAUGACUGAGCGAGAUGCCCUGUUGUGAUAACGAUAGUGUUUGCGUCCUCAGUUCAGGGAUCCGUACUGCUUGGAUUGUCGUCUUGGGAGUGGAGGUGCUAUCUUCGUUUUAAGUUUCAACCUCGGCAUUGCUGUUGCAAGAUUUGGACUCAGGAAAGACAUGCAUUACUCGAUACGUUAAUGAUUCACGAUGAAAACAACUCAGGGGUGUUUAUUUUAAUGUUAUGUGCAUUUAUUCCAUAGACGCCACGUUUGGGUGUUUCUGUAGAUUGUACUUAGCACCGAGUUUCAAAACAAAUCAUUGACCUCAAAAUUGAUCAGAGUUGAUUUAUAGCAAAACAACGUGGGCGUAAAAAUGUCUUCCAAGAUUCUUCUAGCAAAUCUACGCGCGACCGUACAAUUCUGCAAAACCGUGAACAUUCUGCAGAGAUCUCGGACACCUUUAAUAUCUGCUCAACAGAGCUGUGCAAUUCACGUGGAUAACCCACCCAGGGUCCCAACCCUGACCACCAGCUAUGCCCACGGCAUCUCCUCUCAUUCACUGUUAUACAAGACCGUGGAUCAGUGUCUUCAGGCGUCAGUGGCGCGACACCCUGACCGUGAAGCGAUGGUGUUUGUGGAGGACGGAAUGCGCAAGACAUUCGCCGAGUUUUACCAAGACGUGGAGCAGGCCGCUGCAGGUCUGCUGGCUGUUGGGCUUAAGAAAGGGGAUCGUUUAGGGAUAUGGGGACCAAACAUCUAUGAGUGGGUUUUGAUGCAGUUUGCCACGGCCAAGGCCGGGAUUAUUUUGGUGUCAGUGAACCCUGCUUAUCAGUUACAGGAGGCAGAAUUUGCACUUAGAAAGGUGCAGUGCAAUGCCAUUGUUUGUCCAACUCAAUUUAAAACCCAGAAGUACUGUGAAAUGCUAAGGCAGCUUUGCCCAGAGAUGGAAAAAGCAUCUCCUGGAGGAAUCAAGAGUUCAAAACUACCAGAUCUACACACUGUGAUCGUCACGGAUAGUCAGCAGCCGGGGGCUUUCCAACUAAAAGAUGUGAUGCAGGCAGGAACCAGCGAACACCAUCAACAACUACAAGACCUCAAGAAGACAAUCAUGUCCGAUGAUCCCGUUAACAUUCAGUUUACAUCGGGAACUACAGGAAAGCCCAAAGGAGCCACUCUGUCCCACCACAACAUUGUCAACAAUUCUUACUUCAUUGGCAUGCGUGUGGGCUUCGACUGGAGGAAAAACGUGAGAGUGUGCUUGCCGGUGCCCAUGUAUCACUGUUUCGGUUCGGUGGGUGGUGGUAUGGUCAUGGCUCUUCAUGGCAUCACAUUGGUUUAUCCUUCUACGGGUUAUGAUGGACGUGCCAACCUGGAGGCCAUGGAGAAAGAGAAGUGUACGUUCAUCUAUGGAACUCCAACUAUGUAUAUUGACAUGCUCGGUCAGCGUGACCUGGCAAAGUUUGAUUUGUCUUCAGUAGAGGCUGGUAUUGUGGCCGGUUCCUUUUGUCCUCCGGAGGUGAUCCGUAAGGUCAUUAAUGUCAUGGGUAUUGAGGAAAUGUUGAUCGGCUACGGCACCACUGAAAACAGUCCAGUAACAUUCUGCGGCUAUCCGUUUGACAGCUUGGAGCGAAAGACAGAGACUGUUGGUUGUAUAACCCACCACAUUGAGGCUAAAGUGGUGGACCCUAUUUCUGGCCACAUCGUCCCUCUGGGUGCUCAAGGGGAACUGAUGAUCCGGGGGUACUGCGUGAUGCUGGAAUACUGGCAAGAUGAGGAAAAAACCCGGGAUUGCAUCACAAAAGACCGCUGGUACAAGACGGGUGACAUUGCAACUUUGGACAAGUUUGGAUACUGCAGAAUCGAAGGACGCAUCAAGGACAUGAUCAUCCGAGGAGGAGAGAACGUCUACCCUGCUGAGAUCGAACAAUUUUUACACACACACCCUAAAGUUCAAGAAGCACAGGUGAUUGGAGUGAAAGAUGAGCGAAUGGGAGAGGAGGUUUGUGCUUGUAUUAAACUAAAAGCUGAUCUGGAAUGCACUGCGGAGGAGAUCAGAGAAUACUGCAAGGGAAAGAUUGCUCAUUAUAAGGUGCCACGCUAUAUAACUUUUGUUCAGGGAUAUCCUCUGACUGUCACAGGAAAGAUCCAGAAGAACAAACUGAGAGAACAGACCGAAAAACUGCUGGGACUGUGAAUUGAAAAGCACACCUGUGAUAGCUUUUAGACCCGCCAACAGGAAGAUAUCAACUUAUGGGCAUUUUGAAUUACCCAGUACAUACUCAUUUUGUUUUAUAAACCUUUUUUAUAAUUCAAAUACUCACAUUUUAAAUGUUAAACAUGUACCUUCUUAAAAUUCUUUAUAUUUUUUGUGAAUUGUAUUUGACAAAUGGUACUUAAUCAUGUAAACCAAAGAUAACAUGAAACCAUUGUCUGUUUACAACCUAAACUUUGGUUGUUUCAGUAUGCAAAGUAUGCAUGGUCUGUUAUUACUGUAUAUCUCUUUUAUAUAGGGCUGGGCAAAAAAGACGAUUCAUCGUUUUUUAAACGGAUCAAUUCAAUAUCGAUUCUCAAAAGCUGUGAAUCGAUUUUUUUCCUUCAUAUUUACGCAAGCACUGAACAUUCAUUUGUUAAUGUUAUUAUAAUAAUGUUAUAAUGUUACUUUAACUACUAUCCCACUAGAUGUCACUUUUCUUUUUACAACGGGUGGAUGUUACAACAGGGAAUAUCCUUCAUUCAUUGCUUAAUUAACAUGGAAUCCUGGUGUGUUGUCGAAAUUAACAUCACCUUCCUAUAAAGGCAGAGGUUCACAUGAUUGCAGCCUCUACUUACAGCUAUUUUUGUGAAAUUUUGUUUGUUAUACUGCAUCUUAAAUUUAAAAUUUCAAUAUUAAAAGUAACUAUAAGUUUCAAUAUACCCAAGUGUUUUAAAGUUUAAUAUACAGCUUUGUGGCUCUUCAUUUUAUUUUUUAAUUCACCAUUGUCCAGAAAUAUAUAUAGGAUUUGUAUUAAAUCUAUACCCAGAUAGCAAGCAACCAUUGAAUCAAUUUUAAAAUUUUGUUAAUUUGUCAAUGUUAAUUGCGUUGAAUCAAUAUAACUUUUGCACCUAGGCUGUCUGAUACCUCUAGUGCUCUCCAUUGGCCACCAGCACUAGUGUUCUUAAAGCAGCUUCGGAGUUAAAAACAUACCAGAAAGAGUGGGAUUGAACAGCAUUGGCCAAACAUGAACCUCAUAUUACCGGUUUGAAUUAUGUCUCUAAAAUAAAAGUCUUAAAGCACAAAUCAUUUUUUUCUAGGUAGUUACACUUUUAACUUCUCUGCGUGUGAUCUCAGGUGUUCUUUGCCUGUUUCCUUUUUGGCUUGUGAUGUGAACAUUUUUCUAAGAAAAAAGUCUGAAUGAUGCUGGUAUUGAGACCAUAUGGAGCGAGGUCCUCUUUCAGUAUUUUAAUGUGUCUGCUGGAAAGUCAUGACUGCUUUGGUUUGUACUAACACAUAGCUUUGUGAGGAUCAUUCAGGGUAAGGGACCAAUGUGCCAGAAAUUAUUUUUAAAUUUCCUUGCAACUAAUCAUAGUGCCAUCUUUCAUUGACUGGAUGCUUCUUAGCAUGUGUUUAAUUGCCUGGGAAAUAUUUUUUUUAAUGAAAAAUGCCCUCAUUGCCUCCAGUAAAAUGAUCAACAAAUUUGGAUAUAACAAUUAAAAUCUUUUGAGUAACUGAAUUCUUGACAUGUGAAAAGUGGAAUUCUUACAAUGCAUGUGUUAAAAGUCUCCCCCAUGUGUCUAUUUUUAGUAUAACAACGCAUGCAUCUUUUGCACUCAAGAAUUUUAAGAAAUAAAAAAAAAGUUUUAAAUGAAGACAAACUUUUCAUAUCUCAUUGAUGAUGUCUG